UUCCUUCAGUUUGGGGUUCCAUUCCUGCAGUUUGGGGUUCCAUUCCUGCAGUUUGGGGUUCCAUUCCUGCAGUUUGGGGUUAAUUCCCGUGUUUGGGGUGAAUUCCCACAGGUUGGGGUGAAUUCCCUGAGUUCUGCCGUGAGUUCCGUCAGUUUUGUGUUCAGUUCCUGUGCUUUGGUUGAAUUCCCUGACUUUUGGUGUGAAUUCCCUCAGGUUCGUGUUCAUUCACUAACCCGGGGCUGAGUUCCCCGCGUGUUGUGUGUAAUCCCCCGAAUUUUGGGCGAAUCCCGUCCGUUUUUGGGACAUUUCGGGGGAGCCCCUGUCCUGCGGACACCUCGGGCUCGGCGCUGCUCCGUUGCCGUGGUUACCUGGGAAUUCCAGGUUUUUCUAAGAAAAAACCGGGCUAAAUUGGAUUAUUUUUGGCACAGGAAGCGCAGGACGAGCUUCCUCCUCCUCUUCCUCCUCCGCUUCCUGACAUUCCCGGCGCUUCCCACUCGUGUCCCGCUCUCCCACCCCGUUCCUGCUGCUUUCCCUCGGCCCGGAAUGGGAAUUUUUCCGUGGAUUUCUCAGGAUUUUGGGUGGAUUUCCCCGCGGGAAUGCCGGAAGAUGGAUGAGCUCUGCCGGCCUCGUUAAUUAGUGUUAAUGAGCGGCGUUUAGGGAUUGCCGCGGCCCCCUCCUCACUUUUUUGGGGAAUUUGGGAAUCUCCUUCCCCCAAGAGGCGGCUCCUGCUUUCCCACCGAAUUCCUGCUCGUGGGCGCUGGAACUCCGAGUAUCCCACAGCCCCCGGGUGGGGAUGGUGGCCGUGGGGAAGGGGCCGCGUCCGCCCCAGGGAUUCGCCUCUGGAAUUCCAGCAAUGCGGCCGGAGCAGCGGGAGAGCAGCGGGAACGGAACCCGGCCCCUCGGAGAGUCCGGCCGUCCUUUCCUUCCUCCCUUCCUUCCCAAACCCCCAGAAAAAUCCAGCAACUUUUGUCCCAAACAGGUGGUUUUCAUUCCAUAAAAACACAGAAGUUUUUGCCCCAAACAGGUGGUUUUUUCUCCCAUAAAAACCCAGGAGUUUUUGCUCCAAAAAGGUAUUUUUCCUCCCAGGAAGUUUUGCCCUAAACAGGUGUUUUUCCUUCCCUAAAACUCCAGGAAUUUUUGUCCCAAACAGGUAUUUUUCCUCUCAGGAAUUUUUACCCAAACAGGUGCUUUUCCUCCCAGGAAUUUUUGCCCUGAACAGGUGUUUUUCUCCCAUAAAAUCCCAGGAAGUUUUGCCCCAAACAGGAGUGUUUCCUCCCAGGCAGUUUUGCCCCAAACAGCUUUUUUUCCUCCCAGGAAGUUUUUGCCCCAAACAGGUAUUUUUCCUCCCAGGAAUUUUUGCCCUGAACAGGUGUUUUCUCCCAUAAAACCCCAGGAAUUUUUGCCCCAAACAACUUUUUUUUUCCUUCCAGAAAGUUUUGCCCUGAACAGGUGUUUUUUCUCCCAUAAAACCCCAGGAAUUUUUGCCCCAAACAGGUAAUUAUUCCUCCCAGGAAUUUUUUCCCCAAACAGGAAUUUUUCCUCCCAGGAAGAUUUGCCCUGAACAGGUGUUUUUCCUCCCAGGAAUUUUUGCCUGAACUGGUAUUUUUCCUCCCUAUAACCCCAGGAAUUUUUGCCCUGAACAGGUGGUUUUCCCCCCAGUUCCAGACUGGGAUCCACUGGGAAGAGAACUGAAAUCCGGCCUCUUUGGGAUCCCGACCCCUCAGCAGGGAUCUUCCCUCCCUCUGCUCCUUGGCUUUGCCGAUAUUUCUAAUUUUUCCCAUUUUUAGGCCAUUUCCAGCUGUUCCCACCCACCUGACCCAGGAACCUCGGCACAUCCUGGCCGCAGGGGUGGAUUUUUGGUGUAAAAAAUCACAGAAUAAACCCAGGCAUCCCCCACAGGUUGCUGUGGGCUGGAGAAUCCCCCCCAAAACCCGAUUUUUUGGGGAGUUUCGGGGGUGCCGCACCCCUGGCGAGGCGUGGCCGGCCUUGGAGCCGCUGAUCCCGCGUGGAAUGCGGGAACGCCCUGAGCCACCUGCGGACCUGAGCAAAAACCCAAACUCCACCUGUGCCGCCCGGAAUGACCGAGCUCGUCCCAAAAAUCCCGGCCCGGAGCCCAAUAAGGGCAAGGAAUGAGGAGAAUUCCGCGCUCCGGCCUCCCCCGGGAGCGGCAGAUGCAGCGAAAGCAACAGAAAACAUCCGAAAAAACAACAGCAAAACAUUCCGAGGGGAGGGGAAAACCCGGGAUGUGCCAGGGACGGGAGUCAGCAGCGCCCCAAAACCCUCAGAUUCCCUCAUUUCUGCUCAUCUCUCCCAUUUUUUUAUAUUUUUUCCUCAUUUUUCGCGAUCUUUUCCCCCAAACUUUAGUCAUUUUCCCCCAAUUUUAAUCAUUUUUCCUGAUUUUUAGUCAUUUCCCUCCAUUAUUUUGUUCAUUCCCACCAUUUCUAAUCAUUUUUUCCCCAUUUUUUGGUCCAAUUUCCUGAUUUUUUUAGGUAACUUCCUGACUUUUUUGACUUUGCUCCAGUUUUUUGUCAUUUUCUAAAAUUUUCUGGUCAUUUUCACAGUUUUUGGGGAACUUUUCCUGGGUUUUGGUCAUUUUUCACAGCUUCUGGAUCAUUUUCCCCUGUUUUUGGGCCACUUUUCCUGGUGUUAUCAUCACUUUCCCACUUUUCUGCUAAUUUUCCCAGUUCAUCCUCAGUUUUCCUGAAUUUUUGGUAAUUUUCCCCAUGUUUAAGUAAUUUCCCCCAUUUUUUUCCUCAUUUUCCCUGAUUUCUGGGUGACUUUUCCUGACUUUUUCCAUCACUUUCCCUUUUUUUUUCCCCUUUUCCCAGAUUUUCUGACCCCUCAUCGUGGAUUUUGGGUUAUUUCCCUGAUUUUUCCUCGUUUUUCCCUCUCCUCGGACAAGCGGCGCCUCGUUAAUUAUGUUAAUUAUGCAAAUGGCGUUAAUUAACCCCGCUAAGAGGAACGCCUGGAUGAGUUUUUUAUUCCCUCUGGAAUUUUCUUUCAUCUCUGCCACAUUUUAACGGGAAUUUGGGGAUGUGGGAGCGAAUUCGUUCCUGCCCUUAUUCAAACCCCGGGAAAAGACCCCAAAACCCACCCGGGGGGCUCAUUCCCGCCUGGAAUUCUCGGGGUCAGCAUUCCCGGGGCUCCCACACUGGGAAAACCCCAAGAAGGACCCAAAAAUGAGGAAUUCUGGGAGGCUCCCGGAGGAAAAUCCCAAUCUGGGGCUUUUUUGGGGAUAAAUCGCUGUCUCUGAGGAUCUCCCCGAAAAAAUUCCCCAGGGAACAACCCAGGGCAGCAUUCCCAGCGUGCCCAGUGCCCAGAAUUAGGGAUUUUUCCCUUAAAAAGUUGGGAAUAAACCCUUGGGAUCGUUGACAAACACAUCCCAGAUUCUUCCCAAGGGAUUUUGCAUCCCAAAGUUGGGAUUUUAGGGAAAAAAAAUGGAGGAAAAGAGGGAGGGAAAUGCAUUUUCCAGCUCUGAAAUUCCCAAUUUUUAGAGAAAAAAUGGAGGAAAAUUCCCAAUUUUUCCAUGGAAAGGAGGAAGAGGAGGCAGGUUUUCCUCCCUGCCGCUGUUUCCCAGCGGUUUGCAUGGACAAACAGAGGAAAGGAGGGAUGAAAAGUGGGAUAAAUCCCUUUCCCAGCCCCGAAAUCCCGGGAUUUGGGGCGGGCUCGGUGCCUGCCCGGAUUUCGGGAGGGGUCCCGGACACAAUGCCUGGAAAACGCUUUUCCAGCGGUUCCGUGGGAAGGAAAUUCCAGAGGCCCGUGCGGAAUCUCCUUUUUUAGGCAUUUUUGGGAUGGUUAUUUCUGGCCGGAACGCGCCGGGGCUGGGGGGGGUCACUCCGGGCGGGAUUUAUCCCGAAUUCCGAUGGCCCCGGCUUCCCACCCAUCCUUCCCAAAUUCCUCCUUUUUUGGGGGGAAAACCCUCGGCUUUGGGGCUGUGGGAACGUCCUGGGGCCGGGGAGACAGCAAGGAUUCCCUGGGCACAGAAGUUCCCGGGAUGUGGCACAGAAAUUCCCGGGAUUUGGCUCAGAAAUUCCCAGGAUUUGGCACAGAAAUUCCCGGGAUUUGGCACAGAAAUUCCCAGGAUUUGGUGGCAUUUCCCCGGUUUUUGGAAGGUGACCCCUGGGCACUGCAGGGCCAGGAAGAGAUCCCAGAGCAGGAUUUUAAUGGGAUUUUUGGGGAUUUUUCUGGGAUCUCUCAGUGCUGGGUGACUCAGGACCCGUUGUGUUUGCCCGUGAAGGAGAUCCCAGAGCGGGAUUUUAAUGGGAUUUUUGGGGAUUUUUCUGGGAUCUCUCCUGGCCAGGUGACUCAGGGCCUGUUGUUCGUGCCCAUGAAGGCGAUCCCAGAGGUGGAUUUUUCUGGGAUUUUUUGGGAUUUUUCUGGGAUCUCUCGGGGCCAGGUGACUCAAGGCCCGUUGUGUUUGCCCAUGAAGGAGAUCCCAGAAGGGGAUAUUUCUGGGAUCUCUCGGGAUCCCUCGGGGCCGGUGACUCAGGGCCGCGCCCGGCCGCGCCUGGCACAGGCAUGUGCGGGCCUGGCACCGGCCAAAGUCCCGGCGCCGCCCCGGAGCCGCCCGGGAACGAGCCCACAGCCACCCCAAAACCGGGAUCUGCCCGGGAACCCUGCUGGGAUGGGUCUGCCCAGAACCGGGAUCUGCCCGGGAACCCUGCUGGGAUCAGCCCACCCAAAACUGGGAUCUGCCCGGGAACCCUGCUGGGAUCAGCCCGACCAGAACCAGGAUCUGCCCGCCCAAAACCGGGAUCUGCCCGGGAACCCUGCUGGGAUCUGCCCACCCAAAACCGGGAUCUGCCCGCCCAAAACCGGGAUCUGCCCGGGAACCCUGCUGGGAUGGCUCUGGGGUCGCAUCCCGGGGAUGGAGCGGGCAGGGAUCUGUCGGGAGGAGAUCCCUGAUCCCAAAAUGCGGCCCCAGGAGCAGAUUGUGGGGUGGAGCCGUCCCAGCACCGCAGAUCACUGCAGUGGGGGCUGUGGGAUCGGCGUUCCCGGCGGGUGAAAGGCUCGGGGUCAUUCCCAGUGGGAUCAAUAACCCGGGGUCAUUCCUGCUGGGAUCAGUGGGAUCAAUAACCCGGGGUCAUUCCCAGUGGGGUCAAUAACCCGGGGUCAUUCCUGCUGGGAUCAGUGGGGUCAUUCCCAGUGGGAUCAAUAACCCGGGGUCAUUCCUGCUGGGAUCAGUGGGAUCAAUAACCCGGGGUCAUUCCCAGUGGGGUCAAUAACCCGGGGUCAUUCCCAGUGGGGUCAAUAACCCGGGGUCAUUCCCAGUGGGGUCAAUAACCCGGGGUCAUUCCUGCUGGGAUCAGUGGGAUCAAUAACCCGGGGUCAUUCCCAGUGGGGUCAUUCCCAGUGGGGUCAAUAACCCGGGGUCAUUCUUGCUGGGAUCGGUGGGGUCAUUCCCAGUGGGAUCAAUAACCCAGGGUCAUUCCCAGUGGGGUCGGUGGGGUCAUUCCCAGUGGGAUCAAUAACCCGGGGUCAUUCCUGCUGGGAUCAGUGGGGUCAAUAACCCGGGGUCAUUCCCAGUGGGGUCAGUGGGGUCAUUCCCAGUGGGAUGAGGAAUCCCCAGGCCCCCAAUCUCCCCCUUUUCCCCCAAAGUCUGGGGAUCCCCCCACACCCCGGGGGUCCCGCUGACCUUGGG